AUGCAUUACUUCCUUGGCAUGGAGAUUCAGCAAGGACAGAAUGAAGUGUUUCUCUGUCAGAAGAAGUACAUGAGAGAGAUAUUGAAGAGGUUCAAUAUGGAGAAGUGUAAGAGUGUGAACACUCCGAUGAUUCAGAAGGAAAAGUUACAGAAGGAUGAUGGGGAGGAACCUGCAGACCAGAAUGUGUACAGAAGUCUAGUUGGAUGUGUCAUGUAUCUCACAUCCACUAGGCCUGACAUCAUGUACACUGUAAGUGUCUUAUCUAGAUUUCUUCACUGUGCAAGCAAGAAUCAUAUGGUUGCUGGAAAGAGGGUUUUGAGAUAUCUUAAAGGCCUACUGUCUUUUGGGAUAAAAUACAAUAAAGUUGAAAAUUUUGAGUUGCAGGGCUACUCAGAUAGUGAUUGGGCUGGGUCAUUAGAUGAUAUGAAGAGUACCUCUGGCUAUUGUUUCACUUUUGGCUCAGGGUAUUUCUCAUGGUGUUCAAAAAAACAAGAUAUAGUGGCUCAGUCAACUACAGAAGCUAAGUUCAUUGCAACAACAGUAGCAGUCAACCAAGAUGUUUGGUUGAAGAAGUUGAUGCGUGACUUGCAUCUAAAGAAAUAA